GCGGCGGCGGCUCCUCUGAGGAGGGAGGGGGGCGGAUUUCUCUCCCCCGCUCUCGGAUUCUCGUUGGAUUCAGACGCCGAUUUGCUCAGUGCUUGGGAGAUGGAAUGUAAUGAUAGCUGGCACCUGAACUAAGUAUCUGCGUAGGCACUACCAUCCCAGAGCUUCAGGAUGAAUGGGGAUAUGCCUCAUGUUCCCAUCACUACUCUUGCAGGGAUUGCUAGUCUCACAGACCUUUUGAACCAGCUGCCUCUUCCAUCGCCUUUACCUGCUACAACAACAAAAAGUCUGCUUUUUAAUGGACGAAUAGCAGAAGAGGUGAACUGCCUUUUGGCCUGUAGGGAUGAAAAUCUGGUUUCACAACUUGUACACAGCCUCAACCAGGUGUCAACAGACCAUAUAGAACUGAAAGAUAACCUUGGUAGCGAUGAUCCAGAGGGAGAUAUACCAGUCUUGCUGCAGGCUGUCCUGGCAAGGAAUCCUAAUGUUUUCAGGGAGAAAAGCAUGCAAAACAGAUACGGGGUACAAAGUGGAAUGAUGAUGCCGCAGUAUAAACUCUCUCAGAAUUCCAUGCAUGGUAGUCCUGCAUCUUCCAAUUAUCAACAAACCACUAUCUCACAUAGCCCUUCCAGCCGGUUUGUGCCACCACAGACAAGCUCUGGUAACAGAUUUAUGGCACAACAGAACAGCCCAGUGCCUAGUCCAUAUGCUCCUCAAAGCCCUGCAGGAUACAUGCCAUAUUCACAUCCUCCAAGUUACACACCACAUCCUCAGAUGCAACAAGCUUCAGUAUCGAGUCCCAUUGUCUCAAGUGGGAUGAGGAACAUACAUGAAAAUAAAGUUUCAAGUCAGUUGUCUGGCAAUUCAGCUAAUCACCACGCUGAUAAUACUAGACAUGGCUCAAAUGAAGACUACCUACAGAUGGUGCACAGACUAAGUAGUGAUGAUGGUGAUCCUUCCAUAAGAAAUGCUGCAUCAUUUUCUUUAAGAUCACCACAGUCGGUAUGCUCUCCAGCUGGAAGUGAUGGAACCCCUAAAGGAUCAAGACCACCUUUAAUCCUACAAUCUCAGCCUCCACCUUAUUCAUCACCUAGAGAUGUACCCCCAGACAUAUUGUUAGAUUCUCCAGAAAGAAAGCAAAAGAAACAAAAGAAAAUGAAGUUAGGCAAGGAUGAAAAAGACCAGACUGAAAAAGCUGCAAUGUAUGAUAUCAUUAGUUCUCCUUCCAAGGACUCCACUAAACUUACGUUAAGACUCUCUCGUGUAAGAUCUUCGGAUAUGGACCAGCAGGAUGAUAUGCUUUCUGGUUUGGAAAACAGCAAUGUGUCAGAGGGUGAUAUUCCUUUUAAUGUGCAGUACCCAGGACAGACUUCUAAAACACCCAUUACUCCACAGGAUGUUAACCGCCCGCUAAAUGCUGCUCAGUGUUUGCCACAGCAUGAACAGACAGCAUUCCUUCAGGCACAACAAGUGCCUGUUUUACAACAGAACACUUCAGUUGCUGCAAAACAGCCUCAAACUCCUGUGGUACAGACACAGCAACCGGUUUCACAGCAAGGAACUAUUACGCCAUAUGACGAAGUAGAAUUGGAUGCAUUGGCUGAAAUUGAACGGAUAGAACGUGAAUCAGCCAUUGAAAGGGAGCGAUUUUCAAAAGAAGUGCAAGAUAAAGAUAAACCUUUGAAGAAGCGAAAACAAGAUUCUUAUCCACAGGAGGCUGGGGGUGCUACUGGAGGAAAUAGACCAGCUUCUCAGGAGACAGGUUCAGCAGGAAAUGGGUCAAAGCCAGCAUUGCUGGUUAGUAUUAAUCUUCAGCAAGCAGGACGAGUGGAUUCUCAGGCAACUGUAACUCAGGAUUCAGAUACCAUCAAAAAACCUGAAGAAAUAAAACAGUGUAAUGAUGGAUCUAUUUUUGUUCCUCAAGAAGACACUGUUGGGGUUCUUAAACUCAAACCUGAAAACCAUCCUGAGACCCUUAGAAAAAAGUUGGAUUCUGAGGGUCAAAAAACAGAUAUUCAACAAAAUGAAAACAAACAGACAGAAGUACAACAAAAUGAGAGCAAGCGGAUGGAAAGUAAACACAAUGAAAGCAAACAGAUAGAAGCUAAACAUGAAAGCAAGCAUGAGAGCAAGCAGACAGAGGUGAAACAAAAUGAAAGCAGACAGAUGGAAGCAAAGCAAAAUGAGGGAAAGCAAAACAAUGGCAAACAGGAAAUACGGCAGAGGCCUGAGACGCCAAAGCAGAAGAAUGAAGGCAGGCCGGAAACGCCAAAGCAGAAGAAUGAAGGCAGGCCAGAAACACCAAAGCAGAAGAAUGAAGGCAGGCCGGAAACGCCAAAGCAGAAGAAUGAAGGCAGGCCGGAAACGCCAAAACACAGACAUGACAAUAGGAGGGACUCUGGUAAACCAUCCUCGGAGAAGAAAUCUGAAAUAUCCAGGCAUAAACAGGAUGUUAAAUGUGAUCCCUCUAGGGUAAAAUCUGAAAGUAGAUCAGAUCCAACAAAACAAAGACCUGAUGGACGUUCAGUUCCUGAGACACCAAGGCGUGACCAUGAUAGCCUUAAACAAAAGCCUGAAGACAGAAGUGAAUCAGAAAGAUACAGGGGAGAUCCAUCUAAGAUUAGAAGACCUGAAUAUUUAAGAUCCUCAAACAAAAGUGAACAUGAUUCUAAGCAUGGCAUUAAGCCUGAUAGUUCAAAAACUGAGAAACUGGAAAGAAAACAUAGACAUGAGUCUGGCGAGCCAAGAGAAAGGCUUUCUUCUGGGGAACAGAAAUCACGACCUGACAGUCCUCGUAUUAAACAGGAAAGCAAAGGAGAUUCCAGUAAAUCAAGACCUGAUAAACCUGGUUUUAAAUCACCAAACAGCAAGGAUGAACGAAGGACAGAGGGUAAUAAGAGUAAAGUAGAUAGUAAUAAAGCACAUACUGACAAUAAAGCAGAGUUUCCCAGUUAUUUGUUGGGGGGAAGAUCUGGUGCAUUGAAACAUUUUGUAAUUCCCAAAAUCAAGCGUGAUAAGGAUGGCAAUGUCACUCAGGAGUCGAGGAAAACUGAAAUUAAGAGUGAACAUAAGGACAAAGUAGAGAAGAUUGGGCUAGUCGAAGAUCUGAAUAAGGGAGCCAAGCCAGUAGUUGUCCUUCAGAAACUUUCUUUGGAUGAUGUACAAAAAUUUAUUAAGGAUAGAGAAGAAAAAUCAAGGAGCUCUUGUUUUAAACCUAAUAAGAACAAGUCAUCCAAAUCGAAUAAAGGUAGCAUAGAUCAGUCAGUGUUAAAGGAGUUGCCUCCUGAGCUCCUGGCAGAAAUUGAAUCCACCAUGCCACUUUGUGAACGUGUGAAAAUGAACAAACGCAAGCGUAGCACAGUUAAUGAAAAACCAAAAUAUGCUGAAAUCAGUUCUGAUGAAGACAAUGACAGUGAAGAAGCUUUUGAAUCUUCUCGGAAAAGACAUAAAAAGGACAGAGAUGAUGAUAAAGCCUGGGAGUACGAAGAGCAUGAUAGAAGAAGUUCAGGUGAUCAUAGGAGGAGUGGUCAUUAUCACGAAGGGCGAAGGACUUCUGGUGGUAGCCGCUAUCGCAAUCGCAGUCCAGAAGACUCGGACAUGGAUGAUUAUUCUCCUCCUCCUAGCCUCAGUGAAGUGGCUAGAAAAAUGAAGAAAAAAGAAAAGCAAAAGAAAAGGAAAGCCUAUGAACCUAAAUUAACCCCUGAAGAAAUGAUGGAUUCUUCAACUUUUAAACGGUUUACUGCUUCAAUCGAAAAUAUUUUGGAAAAUUUGGAAGACAUGGAUUUUACUGCCUUUGGUGAUGAUGAUGAGAUUCCACAGGAGUUGCUACUAGGAAAACAUCAGCUUAAUGAACUGGGGAGUGAAUCUGCGAAAAUUAAGGCAAUGGGCAUAAUGGACAAGCUGUCAACAGAUAAAACAGUGAAAGUCCUGAACAUCUUGGAAAAGAAUAUUCAAGAUGGCUCAAAGCUUUCAACGUUACUAAAUCAUAACAAUGACACUGAAGAUGAGGAAAGAUUGUGGAGAGAUCUUAUUAUGGAGAGAGUCACAAAAUCUGCUGAUGCUUGCCUUACAGCUAUCAACAUUAUGACAUCACCCAAUAUGCCUAAAGCUGUAUAUAUUGAGGAUGUAAUAGAAAGAGUUAUUCAGUACACUAAAUUUCAUCUGCAGAACACACUUUAUCCUCAGUAUGAUCCUGUUUACAGGGUGGAUCCUCAUGGUGGAGGCGUGUUAAGUUCAAAAGCAAAGCGUGCCAAGUGUUCCACCCACAAACAGAGGGUUAUUGUGAUGCUGUAUAACAAAGUUUGUGACAUUGUUAGCAGUUUGUCAGAGUUGCUAGAGAUACAACUCCUCACUGAUACAACUAUUCUUCAGGUAUCAUCAAUGGGGAUAACACCUUUUUUUGUAGAAAAUGUCAGUGAACUCCAGUUAUGCGCCAUCAAACUAGUGACUGCAGUUUUCUCAAGGUAUGAAAAACAUAGACAACUGAUACUGGAAGAAAUUUUCACUUCACUUGCAAGACUACCAACCAGCAAGAGAAGUUUGAGAAAUUUCAGGUUAAACAGUAGUGAUGUUGAUGGGGAGCCUAUGUAUAUUCAAAUGGUGACUGCACUUGUUCUACAACUUAUUCAAUGCGUUGUGCACCUACCAUCAGCAGAAAAAGAUUCAAAUUCAGAAGAGGAGUCAAACAAAAAAGUGGAUCAAGAUGUCCUUAUAACUAACUCUUAUGAAACAGCUAUGAGAACUGCCCAGAACUUCCUUUCCAUUUUCCUUAAGAAGUGUGGUAGUAAGCAAGGGGAGGAGGAUUACAGGCCACUGUUUGAGAACUUUAUUCAAGAUCUUCUUUCCACAGUCAACAAACCAGAAUGGCCAGCAGCUGAGUUGCUCCUCAGCUUAUUAGGAAGACUGUUGGUUCAUCAAUUCAGUAACAAGUCUACAGAAAUGGCUUUGCGGGUGGCAUCACUCGAUUAUCUUGGGACUGUAGCUGCAAGAUUAAGGAAGGAUGCAGUCUCUAGCAAAAUGGAUCAAGGAUCCAUUGCCCGAAUCUUGAAACAGGUUUCAGGAGAGGAUGAGAUCCAACAGCUGCAAAAGGCAUUGCUGGAUUAUUUGGAUGAAAACACAGAGACAGAUGCAUCAUUAGUGUUUUCCAGGAAGUUUUAUAUAGCACAGUGGUUCCGUGACACAACAAUGGAGACAGAGAAAGCAAUGAAAUCUCAGAAGGAUGAUGAAGCAUCUGAAGGAACUCACCAUGCCAAGGAUGUUGAGGCAACAGGACAAAUAAUGCACAGAGCAGAAAGUCGUAAAAAAUUUCUUCGUACCAUCAUUAAAACUGCACCAUCUCAAUUCAGUACAUUAAAGAUGAAUUCUGAUACUGUGGACUAUGAAGAUGCUUGCUUGAUUGUUCGCUACUUGGCCUCUAUGAGGCCGUUUGCCCAGAGCUUCGAUAUUUAUUUGACACAGAUUCUACGUGUACUUGGUGAAAAUGCAAUUGCUGUUCGAACAAAAGCCAUGAAGUGUUUGUCUGAGGUUGUUGCUGUAGACCCCAGCAUUCUAGCCAGGCUGGAUAUGCAGCGAGGUGUUCAUGGACGGUUAAUGGAUAAUUCCACUAGUGUACGAGAAGCAGCUGUGGAGUUGCUUGGCCGGUUUGUGCUCUGUCGCCCUCAGCUUGCUGAACAGUAUUAUGACAUGCUGAUUGAGCGAAUACUGGAUACUGGUAUCAGUGUCAGAAAGAGAGUCAUAAAGAUUUUAAGGGACAUCUGCAUUGAACAACCAACAUUUCCCAAGAUUACAGAGAUGUGUGUGAAAAUGAUUCGAAGAGUCAAUGAUGAAGAGGGCAUUAAGAAACUGGUGAACGAGACAUUCCAGAAGCUCUGGUUUACUCCAACUCCACACAAUGACAAAGAAGCCAUGACCAGGAAAAUAUUAAACAUCACUGAUGUGGUUGCAGCUUGUAGAGAUACAGGAUAUGACUGGUUUGAACAACUUCUUCAAAAUCUGUUGAAGUCAGAAGAGGAUGCUUCAUAUAAACCUGUGAAGAAAGCCUGUACUCAGCUUGUUGAUAAUCUGGUUGAGCACAUUCUUAAAUAUGAGGAAUCUCUAGCAGACUCGGACAACAAAGGUGUGAAUUCCGGUCGCUUGGUAGCUUGCAUAACCACUUUGUUCUUAUUCAGCAAAAUCAGGCCCCAGCUAAUGGUCAAACAUGCCAUGACAAUGCAGCCAUACCUUACCACUAAAUGUAGUACACAGAAUGAUUUCAUGGUGAUCUGUAAUGUUGCAAAAAUCUUGGAGCUGGUAGUGCCACUAAUGGAACAUCCCAGUGAAACCUUCCUUGCCACUAUUGAGGAAGAUCUCAUGAAACUCAUCAUCAAAUAUGGCAUGACAGUUGUGCAACACUGUGUGAGCUGUCUUGGGGCUGUUGUAAACAAGGUUACUCAAAAUUAUAAAUUUGUGUGGGCUUGUUUUAAUAGGUACUAUGGUGCACUUUCAAAAUUAAAAAGUCAACACCAAGAGGACCCAAACAGUACAAUACUUACAGCCAAUAAACCAGCACUCCUUAGAUCCCUUUUUACUGUUGGAGCAUUAUGUCGGCAUUUUGAUUUCGAUCAGGAAGAUUUUAAGGGUAACAGUAAGGUUAACAUUAAGGAUAAAGUACUUGAACUGCUGAUGUAUUUUACAAAACAUUCAGAUGAAGAGGUACAAACAAAAGCCAUUAUUGGUCUAGGAUUUGCAUUUAUACAACAUCCAAGUCUAAUGUUUGAGCAGGAAGUGAAGACUCUGUACAAUAGUAUUCUUUCUGAUAAGAACUGCUCAGUAAACUUAAAAAUCCAGGUGUUAAAAAACCUCCAAACCUACUUGCAGGAAGAGGAUACACGUAUGCAGCAGGCAGAUAGAGACUGGAAGAAAGUAGCCAAACAGGAGGAUCUGAAAGAAAUGGGUGAUAUUUCCUCAGGGAUGAGCAGCUCCAUCAUGCAGCUAUAUCUUAAACAGGUCCUUGAGGCUUUCUUUCAUACUCAGUCCAGUGUACGUCACUUUGCUCUAAAUGUCAUUGCACUGACUUUGAACCAGGGUCUUAUCCAUCCUGUUCAGUGUGUUCCAUAUUUAAUUGCAAUGGGCACAGAUCCAGAGCCCUCUAUGCGGAACAAAGCUGACCAACAGCUGGUGGAAAUAGACAAAAAAUAUGCUGGAUUCAUUCAUAUGAAAGCAGUGGCUGGUAUGAAGAUGUCUUACCUGGUACAACAGGCAAUCAAUACAUGCCUAAAGGAUCCUGUAAGGGGUUUUAGACAUGAUGAAUCCUCCAGUGCUUUGUGUUCACAUUUGUACUCCAUGAUUCGAGGGAACCGUCAACAUAGACGAGCCUUUCUUAUUUCUUUACUCAACCUCUUCGAUGACACGGCAAAAACAGAGGUGAAUAUGCUCUUGUAUAUAGCAGACAAUCUAGCCUGUUUUCCUUAUCAAACACAGGAAGAGCCACUGUUUAUAAUGCAUCAUAUAGAUAUUACACUGUCG